AUGCCAUGCAUGUGUGCCAAGCAGGUUGCUCCCUCAUGCUGCCCCGCACCCCUGCAGGCACCGUUCCUGUGGGACGACGAUGGUAGCGUGCCAUCCGCCAUGGCGUUCAACACGUGGCAUCCGCGUUACAGCAACCACCUCGCAUGCGUCUCUGCAAACAUGAUCAUGCUGUUGGAGUGCAUGGGUGAUGGUUCUUUUGCGUACACACACACCUUCUUCCAUCCCACCGAAAGGGCUGGCGGGGAAGCGGCACACCCGCUGGGCGCAACCCCGCCCAGCACAGGGGCGAGCGAGCCUAGCGCGGACAGCCCUGAAGCACCCACAGCUGAUGUAACAUGUGGUAACCAGGCGAGGGGGGUGGAGAGCUAUGCAGCGGUGGCAUGGAUGGUGGAUGCGGAGGAGCGAGUGCUCGUGGCGGCGGGCGGCGAGCUGGGUGUUGUGCGCAUCGUUGACUUCCACUCGCGCCGCCCCUUCAAGACGCUGAUGGGGCAGGGGGGUGCCAUCACGGAUCUCUGUGCGCAUCCAUCUCAGCCGUCCAUUCUCCUCUCUGCCAGCAAAGACACGUCGGUGUGGGUGUGGCACGUGGGCAGCGGCGUGUGCUGCGCCAUCCUCCUGGGCCUCCACCGCACACCCGUGCUCUCCGUGGUGCGCCCACCCAGGGGGAGGGGGAUAGGGCAGGGGGGUGGGGCAUGUUGUGGCAGGGGGUUGGGCGUGGCAGGGGGGUGGAGCAUGGCAGGGGGAUGGGGCAUGGCAGUGCGGUCGGGAUGA